AUGGUAACAGCGAAUUUAGCAACGAUUGUGGGCUUCAGUUUAGUCGCUGUAGCUGUGCUUGCUGUAUUCUUCUCGCCUUAUCGUCGCUGGUUAAGCUUUAUGGCUGCCGGGAUGCUGGUUUGGGGCCUGAUCGAGGUGAUUCGUAUAGGGACUCAGACCUGGUUUGAGCUGCCAAUGACGUAUAGUUAUCUGAGCGCAUUAACUGCGGUCAUGCUGGUGGUGACCUGCCUGUUAUUGCGUGAAGAUCGUCGUGCCGAGCGUGCUUUGGCAAAACGUCGCUAUAUCGAACACACACCAGUCUAUGAAGAUGACCAGCAGCAGCUUUCUAGCCGUUAA